AUGAAAGCUGGGGAGGUUCUGGAACGUGGGCUUGGUUUUGUGGCUUGGGAAAUGAACAAGAUGGUGGCUUUGCACACGGAAGAGAAACUGAGAAGCUUCUUGGAGUGUUGGGUGCAAGAGCCCAAGUUGCUUACAGAAGACAAUAUGGCUGCUAAUGCUUUAGUCACAAGCAGCUCGCCGAGGUUCAAUGUGAAUGGCAAUGACUUUGGUUGGGAAAGGCCAGUUGUGGUGACAAACGGUGCUGGGAAUAAGUCACAUGGGAAGAUUACAGUGUUUGCUGGGGUUGAAGAAGGCAGUAUUGAUAUUGAAUCUUGUAUUUUGGCUGAGACCUUGGAGGCCAUGGGAAAUGAUUCAGAAUUCAUGGAUGUGGACACGGUGUAG